AGAAGGCCUCUCUGAUUGGUUCUUGAGUUUAAAAUUUAUAGGUUUUUGUGCAACUGUGCCUAUGUCUAUAUUUUUAAUGACCCAAAAAUGUGCAACCGCAUAUUUGAACAAACGACAUGUUGAGUUGACAGACGAAUUCAACUUGCUGAAUAUGUUUAGGCCAUGAACGUAUGUGUCAUAGACCUCAGUUUACCAUACAACAUUCAAUAUGAUUAAUCAUGUGUGUGUAUUAAUACUUCUCACCUGUACCGGUACCGUGUAUUCUCAAAAUAUUUUGGAACUGAAAAUUAAGAUAGGCUAGGAAGAACUCACCGUUCCUUUCCUUUUUGCAAAGUUUAAGCCUUAAGUGUGUAACUUUUCUGACUUUCUGCUGAAUAAUUAAUUGGUAUGGGAAAAGGAUGCGUCGCUAUGGAAAACUUGAAAUUCUAUGUUCGAAUACUGCCUUGUGAUGAUUUUGAUUGGGACAAUAUCAAAAUUGAAGACAACAACAAAACUAUCUAUGUAAGAUGCUUGAACGACCUCAAAAUCGGGCGUCCAUGUAAUGUUGAACCUUUCUUUUGGUGCUUCAAAACUGAUGGAGUGUUCUAUAAUACUGGUCAAGAGGACAUCUAUUAUAGUGUUAUGGAAGGUAUUCUAAAAAGAGUCUACGAGGGAAUAGAUUCAGUGGUGAUUUCUCAUGGUCAGACGUGUUCCGGCAAAAGUUUUACAAUGUGCGCAUUGCGUUCAAUGUAUGAGUACCGAGGAAUCAUACCGAGAUUCAUUCAUGAUUUAUUUUUGGAUAUUAAAUCCAAAUUUCAAGAUUGGAAAGUUAAUGUAUCAUUUAGUUACGUAGAGUUUCAUGGCAACAAAGUUACUGAUUUACUGAGAAAUUCCAGAAAUCCAAUAAAAAUCAAAGAAGUGAGCAAGGUGAAAGCGAAGAGUGAAGAGGAGUUAUUAAGUUUGUUAUUUAAAGGAGAGAGACAAAGAGAUGUCGAAAAAUCUGCUUGGUACAUCGGGGCUCAUCGUGCUACUACUGUUAUCACUUUUCAUCUGGAGUGCUUAUCUCUUUUGAAAUCAUGUGCUGUUAUCUGCAGAUCCAAGGUGCACUUUGUUGAUAUAGCAGGCAUUGAGACAGUUGGAAAGAGGAACCUCACAUCUUUCAAAAAUGCUCACGAACAAGGAAUGGCCAAUAAAUGUAAGAGCUUCCUGGAGCAUCUUCUGAUGCAAUUCAAAGGAGCAACGAACUCAGUCACUGAUGAAUACAAAAUCAAGAGAAGAAGCUGUGGAAUGUUGGAAUACUUGGGCACAUCUGUUUCUCCAGCCUGUAUCUUGAGAUUGAUUGGUCAUAUCCGUCCAACUUUUCCCGACUUGGAAGUUUCGUUAUCAACUUUAAAACUAUGCCAUAGGACUAGACACAGUCAGCCUUUGAUACCCAAAUAUAAUAUUGUACCACAUUUCACUCUCCUUUUCAAGAAAUUCAAAGAAGAACUAGAAAGCAAGAAUGGAACUCAGGAUUUCUUGAAAAGACUUCUGAGUGAACCAAGCGAGAUGGAAAGUGGAAAUAUUUCUAAAGAGCGCGUUGAGCAGUUGGAGAGAUUGCUGCAGUCCUACAUGGAUGGAAAGGUUUCUGAACUGAGUGUCAUUGGCAAUGCUGAAAUGGCUCUUAUUCUACAGAUUUUGAGGAACUUGUACCUUAAAAAAGUAGAGACUUUGGAGAACUUGGCCGUGAAAGAGGCAGUAGCAUCUAGAAAGAAGUCGAUUCGGAGUACAACUGGUUCAAUGAGAGGCAGUGAGCUGUCAACUGCAAAGUUUGAAUCAAUAAAACCUGCUUCACUUCUCCACAAAAGCAAACGAACGGCUGGUUCAAAGCUCAAAUCCGAACAGGUGAAAGAAAAAAUGGUCGAUUCACCUCUGGUGGCAGUAGCUGAGGAACCAAGUUCUGCUCGAUCUGAUGAUGAAAUCAAAGCACUCAGCAAGCUAGAAGUAUUCGCUGACAUUUUAAUUCCAAGUUCAGAUAGCAAAGAACUCUGGUCUGAUUUUCUCAUUGAGAAUGGAAUAACUGCCGAACAUCUGGAGAAUCUGGCUCGAUUAACAAGAGAGAAACGAUUAUUGUUGGAGAUAGCCUCUGCAGAGUAUUCUGGAAUCAGGAGCAAACUGGAAAAGCUGCGACUUCAUUUGAAGUUAUCCACUAUGAAGAGAAGGAAGAUUUUGAUCAAUAAUAAUGAGCAUCGCCCUUGUGAAAAUGAGAAAGAGCCGAGUAAUCAGGAGUUGUCUGAAUUGGAGAACGAAGCAAAGUGUUCUAAAGAGUUACUAGAGAUUAAAUUUAACGAUUGGGUGGAUGUAGCUAAAGAAUUUAUGGAAGAAAAGUAUUCAUUUCGAGAGAAAUUUGAGGUAGAAUACUGUAAGUACAUUCAACAUUCAAACUUCCAGAGGAAGAUAAAUGGCACAGCAGUGGGAGUUCCUUCUUCCAAAGAAGAAGAAACUGCUAGAGAGUACUUCUAUUCACUUCAGAAAAAAUUGAGGAAAUAGUCUUGAAUUAAAGAUAAUAAUUAUUUUUCUAUAUUGUUAUAAAACACUUGUGUUUAUUUGUCUUCUAUUCAAUCUAGUAAGUGUAACUAUAGCAAUUGUAUAAGUAGACUCACCUGUACCUAUACAUGUUUCUAAAAAAACAUCAUCCAAGAAAAGAAUAUUUCCCAACAUUGAGAGAAUAAUUUUAAUUGAAACUAAAUUGGACUUAAAUAUAACUUAUAUAUCUGCCACUCAAUAGACUUUAGGUUUAGACCGAUUCAAAACGAAUAAUUAUUUUC